GUAGUUGAAACGCCAGUGUGGUGUUGCUCGGAUAUUCGAAUAUAGAAAUAUGAACUGAAAAGUUUGCCAGUCCAAUAAUAUCAGAAUAUGAAACUGCACAGAAAGAGUUUUUGAUUAUUCCAAUGCUUCUAGUUCAAUGUGCAAUGAUGGCCUCUCCUUCAAUGUAUAGAGUUUUCUUUCUGUCCACUGUCGUGAUUUGGAUGUUUGCCACCAUGUAUGUACUCCGUGUUGGAACUGGAACAACUGCAAUCAAAGAUUCACCUGAUGCUGUUGAAUCGUUUGAAGUUAUGGAAGAACUUGAAAAACAAAAUAUACAGUUGAAAGAAAUUGCUGAAAAAAUGAGAGUCAUUGAAAUGAGAAAACUUAGUCAACCAAACUCUGAAGAAGAGGGAAAUGAUUUAUUAGGAGUUGUCCAGUCGCAACUUAUUGCUUGUAAUAAGAAGAACCAAGAAUUGUCCACUGAAAUCAAAGCUGUACACUUGAAAAAUGCAAAUUCAAAGCCAUUGCCUGAGCGAAAAGAGCAAAAAUCUGACGCAAAUGAUGAAAAGAAUUCGAUUGACUCUUUGACACGUUCCACUUUUAAUCAGAUCACAGAACUUUGGUAUUUUAUUCAAUCAAGUUUAAAUAAUUUGAAAAAUGACAAAUCUUUGUCAGAAGAAAGAACCAAUCAAAUUUCUGAAGUCAUCAACGAUAUUAGAUCACGAAAAAGUGCUGCACUUGUUGAAGUUGAAUUAUUGCAAGAUUUGCAGAAAGAAGUGAGAGAAAGAGAGAUGCAAAAGCUCGGAGAGUUGGUGCAAAGAAGAUUUCAUUAUUUACAGAAUCCAAAAAACUGUGACGCAGCAAAAAAACUAGUCUGUAAUUUAAACAAAGGCUGUGGUUUUGGCUGUCAAUUACACCAUGUUACUUAUUGCUUUCUCGUUGCAAUCGGAACUCAACGUACUUUUGUUUUGGAUUCCAAAAACUGGAGAUAUUCACAUGAAGGCUGGGAAUCUGUGUUUAAACCUCUCAGCGAAACAUGCACUCGAGCAUCUGGGAAUCCUACUUUGUGGAAUGGUGAAGAACAAUCAAAAAAUGUGAAAGAUUUGACUUUGCCAAUUGUUGAUGGAAUGAUGAGAAGGCCUCCAUAUUUACCUCUUAAUGUACCAGAAGAUCUUUAUUCUAAAUUGGUGCAAUUUCAUGGUGAUCCUGCUGUCUGGUGGUUAGGUCAAGUUGUUUCUUAUCUUAUGAGACCUCAACAAUGGCUAGAAAAGUCCAUAGCAGAGUUUGAAAAAGCGAUCGGAUUCAGUCAUCCUAUUGUAGGAAUUCAUAUACGACGGACAGAUAAAGUAGGAUCAGAGGCUGCGUUUCAUUCUGUCGCUGAGUAUAUGACACAUGUUGUUGAUUGGUAUGAAAAAGUAAAUAUGAAACGACAGAGACAACAAAAACCACCACUUGAUAAUAAACUGGUCUAUGUUGCCUCUGAUGAUACUAACGUUCUUGAGGAAGCAAGAAGGCUAUAUCCUGAUUUCAAGUUUCUCGGGGAUACUGAGAUUUCUAAGAAUGCAGGAACAUCAUUAAGAUAUUCUAAAACUGGUCUUGUUGGUGUUUUAACUGAUAUUAUUCUUUUAUCAAAGUGCGAUUACAUUGUGGGAACUUUUUCUUCUCAGGUUUCUAGAGUAGCUUAUGAAUUGAUGCAGACGUUACAUCCUGACGCCUCUUCACAUGCUCAUUCCUUGGAUGAUGUAUUUUAUUUCGGCGGCCAAGGAGCACAUUCACAAAAAGUUAUUUAUGACCAUGAUGCCAAACCUGGCUCCGAUGAAAUUUCAUUGCGUGCAGGUGAUUUUGUUGGUGUGGCUGGUAAUCAUUGGGAUGGUUUCUCUAAAGGUGUAAAUCGAAGAACUAAUGCAGUAGGAUUGUAUCCAUCUUAUAAAGUAGUUGAAGUUAUAACUAAAUCUAAGUUUCCAACGUACGAUGAAGCAAGUAUAGGAUUUUUCAAUCGAACAGAAGGUACUAACUAAUGUGUCUCACAUCACAUUUUUUGUAAUGCAGCAUGCAGUCAUAGAUUUUUGUAAUAACAAUAUUUUUUUUGGUAGAUUUGUAAGUUCAUCUUUAAUUGUAAUUCCAGUAACAUGGAUUAACUUAUGCUGCUCAGCAAUUAAGUUUAAUAUGUGUACUGCGCUUUUACUUAAUAUAGUCUUAUUCAAGUAACCUUCUGGCAAAUUAUGAAGUGUCAGAGAGAGAACUGUGAUGUCUGGGGAAAUUGACACUAAAUUCUAUACAAGACUCACUCAGGACAUUUACGCUUGACCCUGACUUCGAGUUUCGGUUGAGGGAAGUUUCUAUUCCUGCUCCAAAACAUAUAUCGAGCAAAUUGUGACCACAAAAAGUGAGUCCACCGAACUCAACAAACCCAAAUUUUGGCUUAGGUGACAAUUCAGGAUCAAUAUGCUAUAUGGGUUACCUAAGCAUCUUGUGUUACCACUUAAAAUUGCUGUAUAAUAUUGGGUUAGCGUAAUGAAGUGGCUCUACCAUGAAAGAUUUUUUUUUAAUUGUCUUAUGAAAAUAUUUUUCCCACUCAAAACUUUUUUUUGUCGGGUUUUUCGUCAAAAAUUUGGACAUUGGACCAACAUUGGCAGCCGGAAAUUCCGGCUUUAUUUUCUCCUUCAGCUCCGACAUCAGAAAAUAUGAUCCUUCGACUUCACAGCCCAAGUCAGCAAUCAUAGAGAUAGAUGAUUCAUAAAAUGUUUCCUUUAGCUCACAUAUUUGUGAAUUUAGAAACUUCUGAAACAUCCUUUACCCCGAUUUUUUCAUUUUUUUGUAUUUUCCAAAUAUUUGUAGUUAUAAAAGCAAUGCUGCCUUGAAUCUUUGCUAACCUGACUCAAAGUCAGAAUUAAUUUUGAAUUUGAGAAACUGUGUAUAUCUGUAUCUAUAUAUAUUUGUAUUUAUACUAUUUGUUUUUAUAAUUGGAAAAUUCACGUGCUUUGCUAUUUUAUCAUUUUGUGCAAAUAUGUAUUGCAAGAUCUGCCUUAUGUGUGGAAAGUACUUUUUUUCAUCAUGAAUCAUAAAAUGAUUUUUUUUAAAUCUUCAUAGUCCAUUAUUUCUUUCACAUUCUCAACACUUUUUACACAAUUUUCGCACUGAAUUUUUAUUCGUUUUGUUAUAUCGAAUGAUAUCAUGUUUUUAACGAAAUAACUUCAAAAUCAUUCUUAUUCAAUUUGUUUUCUUCUGUACUACUUCAAGGCAAAUCUUUUUUUUUAUAUUUUAGUCGAUUCAUAAUCACUCACUACACAAUGUUCCUUAUUAUUAGUGUACUUAAAUAGGUUGAAAUAUAUAUUGUUUACACUUAGAUCAUAUUACUCGACCUGCCUUUUUGUUUUCUAUUUGUGCGCAAGAGUGUGCUAAACCUGGAUUUAGGGUUUGUGGGUUUCAGGAGUAUUUGUAAAAUGGCGGUUCCACCAUGACGCGUUGUGCUAAACAUUAGGAAUGCACUUGUCAUCGCACCAGUGCACCACCAAUGUCUCUGCCUUGAUUUGGAGGUUGGAUUUGGGGGGGGAUAAGUUUUGUGCGACCAUAAUUGCUGAUCUUGUUACAUGAAUAUUUUCACCGCAAACCAAGUAAUCGCAUCUAUAAUGAUUUAAGUAUUUCCCCACCGGGCUUGAACUUUUAAUUGGACUGAUGGUCGUGGUACUGGCAUACGGAGGUACGUGGUAAAGUGUGCACUGACCAUGCUAAUGUCGACUAUAGACUGGUAUUAGAGGUCGCUUUUGAUACCAUCAUGUUUUAGUCAUCUUAACUUGUUUAUUGAGCCUUAUAGCUUAAUCAAAACAGGUUGUGUGCCAUC